AUGUCAGUCGUCUUCACACGGAGCGAGCAGCAUCACAAGGAUACGCUGAAGGCUUGGGCACAAGCACUCUCGGGUACAGCGAUGAGCACCUUUAAUGUACGAGUCUCUGAGCACGUCCAAGUCCUGACGAACUGUUUUCAAAAAUACACUGAGGAAGCGGCUCCGGUGAAUGACAUCGUCUCCCGAUUCGUGUUCGACGUACUUGGAGACGUGCUAUUCAGUAAGAAAUACAAUCUGGUGGAGACCAAUGGCUGGCAUGAGUACUUCGACCGAAGAAAGGACGCCCUUCCCGUUCUUGGUCCAAUAAAUGAUGUAACGUGGUUAGGUCAUCUGAUGUUCCUCUUGGCGCCCUUUUGGAGCAGGGUCAGAGACUGGUUCUACAUGGUUGACUACUCUGUGCAGACGAUGCAACAGCGAUUCGAGGAUGAUUCAAAAGGGCCGAGGAUGGACAUGGCCGCCUACUUUAUCGAUGAGUAUCACAAACUGGAGGGGGUUUAUGAUUUGGAGAAAAGAAAUCUCCACUUGCAGGGUACAGCCGUGACGGCAGUCAUUGCAGGCAGUGACACCACGCGGUCUGCCUUGAUCGUCGCCCUCUGGUCUCUCGCGCAGUAUCCAGAUCACGCGGAAAAGAUUCGAGACGAGAUCCGAAACGUGGACUUGAACGACCCAGUUGCCCUGAGCGCGCUGCCACACUUGGAAGGAUUCAUAGCUGAGACUUUGCGGCUAUUGCCGCCGGCGAUGAGCGGCGCACCACGAGACACAGGCCCGGAAGGACUCCUGGUGGAAAAUAUCUUGAUUCCCCCGGACGUCAAGGUGACAAGUCCAAAAUAUGUCAUGGCACGCUUGCCUACCGCAUUUGUCGACCCCAACGAGUUCAUCCCUGAACGGUGGUACUCACGUCCCGAGCUCAUCAUUGACAAGCGAGCGUUUGCGCCGUUCUCAGUCGGUGCCCGUGCCUGUGUAGGGAAGCCCCUGGCUUAUACCGAGCUCCGUCUUGUUGUUGCGAACAUAGCCCAUGACUUUGACGUUGCAUUCGCGCCAUACUAUGAUUCGCAGACCAUGUGGCUUGAUUUAAAAGACCAAGUGACAGCACAACCAGGGGACGUCAAGCUUAUAUUUAAACCUCGGAAAUAG